ACUGCUCCCAGCAGAAUAGGUGUGUCCAGCUGUACUAGAGACUUGGUGUUUAACUCAUUCUAAAAGAGGAGUGUCCAGAAUAGCCCUUAAAAGGUGAAGACACUGAAGCUGAAUGAGAUUUGCCAAAGGCACACAACCAUAUGGUGGUGGUGACCCAAUGCCAGUGCCGCUAUGCCACCACAUUGCCCAAGGACUAUGAGAAAUAAUAAAACUACAUGAAAUUUUAUUCUAUUUGAAAACCACUAAUAUACAUGCAUUAAGUUUGUCAGCAGAGCAGCUUUCCGUUUUGAUAAUUUAGAAUUGUGCCUUCAUCUUUGAAAAAAGAAAUGCUUGAUAAGCUAGUUCAAUUUUAAGAUGUUUUACUUAGAAGAUGAUAGUGAAGAUGAGGAGAAGGUUCAUGAAGAUUCAUUAAGUAAAACUGAAGAUGUUUACUAUGGAAAGGCCCCAGCUGGUAUCCUGUCUCAAACCAUGAAUUAUGUGGGGCAGCUGGCCGGGCAGGUGAUUGUCACUGUGAAGGAGCUCUACAAGGGUAUUAACCAAGCCACCUUGUCUGGGUGCAUCGAUGUCAUUGUGGUGCGGCAGCAGGAUGGCACCUAUCAGUGUUCACCUUUUCAUGUUCGGUUUGGGAAGCUGGGAGUCUUGAGAUCCAAAGAGAAAGUGAUUGAUAUAGAAAUCAAUGGUGAUGCAGUGGAUCUUCAUAUGAAAUUGGGUGACAAUGGAGAAGCUUUCUUUGUGGAGGAGACUGAAGAGGAAUAUGAAAAACUUCCUGCUUACCUUGCCACUUCACCAAUUCCUACCGAAGAUCAGUUCUUUAAAGAUAUUGACUCCCUUUUGGUAAAAUCGGUUGGAAAUGAAAGACCAUCUCAGAGUUCCAACAUCUCGCACAUCUUGGAAACAGAGACGGUUUUUACUCCAAGUUCUGUGAAAAAGAAAAAAAGAAGGAGAAAGAAAUGCAAACAGGACAGUAAAAAGGAAGACCAGACAGUUUCCCCUGCUGCAGAAGACACUAUGGAUAUGGAUCUGAGCUCUGAUGAUGACAAGGGGGCCCAGUCAGCAAGAGGAUCUUCAAAUGCUUCCUUAAAGGAAGAAGAAUAUAAGGAGCCUCUGCUCUUCCAUUCUGGAGAUCACUACCCCUUAUCCGAUGGAGAUUGGUCCCCUUUGGACAUCCCGUAUUCCCCGGCAGCAUGUCCGAAGAGUGAUUCAGAGCUGGAGGUGAAACCCGCCGAGAGCCUACUCAGAUCUGAGUCCCACAUGGAAUGGACGUGGGGCGGGUUCCCAGAGUCCACCAAGGUCAGCAAAAGAGAGAGAUCUGACCAUCACCCCAGGACAGCUACGAUUACUCCAUCAGAAAAUACCCAUUUUCGGGUAAUUCCCAGUGAGGACCACCUUAUAAAUGAAGUUGAGAAGGAUGCGUCCAUGGGAGAAACAGUCUGUACCAUAGUGAAACCCAAACCCAGAGCCCCGUGUAAGCGGAUGAGUGAUGCAACUUGCGCUGCAGAACUUCUUGAGCCUCUCCUUGAGCCUCAGAUUUCAUCUAUGUUAGAUGCAGACCACCUUCCUAACCCGUCGUUAGUGGAGGCUCCCUCAGAAUCAAAACCAGCAGCUAAAGUAGACUCGCCAUCAAAGAAGAAAGGUGUCCACAAGAGAAGCCAACACCAAGGACCUGACGAUAUUUACCUAGAUGACUUAAAGGCUCUAGAACCUGAAGUUGCAGCUCUCUAUUUCCCUAAAAGUGAAUCAGACCCUGGCUCCAGGCAGUGGCCUGAGUCUGACACGCUCUCUGGUUCCCAGUCCCCACAGUCUGUGGGAAGUGCGGCUGCCGAUAGUGGCACUGAGUGCCUCUCAGAUUCUGCCAUGGACUUGCCCGACGUGACCCUCUCCCUUUGUGGGGGCCUCAGUGAGAAUGGAGAAAUUUCUAAAGAAAAAUUCAUGGAGCAUAUCAUCACUUACCAUGAAUUUGCAGAAAACCCUGGACUCAUAGACAAUCCUAACCUUGUAAUACGGAUAUAUAACCGUUACUAUAACUGGGCUUUGGCUGCUCCAAUGAUCCUUAGCUUGCAAGUAUUCCAGAAGAGUUUGCCUAAGGCCACAGUCGAGUCCUGGGUCAAAGAUAAGAUGCCAAAGAAAUCUGGUCGCUGGUGGUUUUGGCGUAAGAGAGAAAGCAUGACCAAACAGCUGCCAGAGGCCAAGGAAGGAAAAUCCGAGAUGCCAUCCACCAGUGACCUGCCAUCAAGCACAAAGGAGCUGGCCAGUAGCAGGUCAGCAGAGGAUGACUCAUCCAGUGACGAGGGGUCACAGGAGCUUCAAGAGUCAGUCAACAUGGACCCCAUCCCCAGCGAGCCCCCAAGCCACAGCAGCACAACCUCGUAUAAGAAGUCCCUCCGCCUCUCCUCAGACCAGAUCGCAAAAUUGAAACUCCAAGAUGGUCCAAAUGAUGUCGUGUUUAGUAUUACAACCCAGUAUCAAGGUACCUGCCGCUGUGCAGGGACCAUUUACUUGUGGAACUGGAAUGACAAGAUUAUCAUUUCCGAUAUAGAUGGAACGAUAACCAAGUCUGAUGCUUUGGGACAGAUUCUUCCACAGCUGGGUAAAGACUGGACUCAUCAGGGUAUUGCAAAGCUCUACCAUGCCAUCAACGAGAAUGGCUACAAGUUUCUGUACUGCUCUGCUCGUGCCAUCGGCAUGGCCGACAUGACCCGGGGCUACCUGCACUGGGUCAACGACAAGGGCACGAUCUUGCCCCGGGGCCCUCUGAUGCUGUCCCCCAGCAGCUUGUUCUCCGCCUUCCACAGGGAAGUGAUAGAAAAGAAACCAGAGAAAUUCAAAAUUGAGUGUCUAAAUGAUAUCAAGAAUCUGUUUGCCCCAUCUAAGCAGCCCUUUUAUGCUGCCUUUGGAAACCGUCCAAAUGACGUUUAUGCUUACAUACAAGUUGGAGUUCCAGACUGCAGAAUAUUCACUGUGAACCCCAAGGGUGAAUUAAUUCAAGAAAGGACCAAAGGAAACAAGUCAUCGUAUCACAGACUGAGUGAGCUCGUGGAGCAUGUGUUCCCACUUCUCAACAAGGAACAGAAUUCUGCCUUUCCAUGCCCAGAGUUCAGCUCCUUCUGCUACUGGCGGGACCCAAUCCCCAAAGUGGACCUGGACGACCUGGCCUGAGGCAGCCCCUCUGGGAGGUCCUCAGUCUCCCGCCUUGCAGCUAGAGAAGGUGACCGGCACUUCUGCUGGACAGAGGACACUGGGAGCCCCUCCCAGCCACAGGUGUGGGGCAAGACCUAUGUUGACAGCGAGGUACCAGCAGGGACAAGGUGAACUUGUGGAGCAGGAACUGCCCUCUCCUUACCCUCCUGGGCUUGGCAGAGUUACAGCUCAGUGCCUCAGCAGAAUUGAGGGCAGCUCAGACCUGAGGUCGAAGACCUAGGCUCCUGUCACUGGUCGGUUCUCAUGCACACUCUGUGUCAGGUUGUGUGCUGGGUGCUCCUUUAAUUGCAUAAAUUAAAACGAAGUAAAAAGAAGCUAAAUUAGAGUGGACCAAAAUAUUGCACAAAGUAAAGUGUUAUAAUUUCCACUGG